GUGGCCGGUGAGGCGCUUUGCAGUGGCUAUGCCGCCUUCAACGGUGAGGCCAUGGACGGAAGUGCUCGUGGUUGCGGAAAGGUGAUCCGUACGGGUCCCAGCUUGGAACGCGCCCUGCCGGUGGUGGCUCUGGGUGGUGCAGAGGUGCAACGUGAUGGCAAGACCUUGACGGUGCAGCCAAAACAG